AUGAGUAAUCAGGUCAUGAAUGGUGAAAUUGACGAGGGUUUAUACUCUCGUCAACUUUAUGUCCUGGGUAAGGAGGCUAUGCUAAAGAUGCAACUUUCCAACAUUUUGAUUAUUGGUAUGAAAGGUCUAGGUAUUGAAAUUGCCAAGAAUGUUGCUCUUGCAGGUGUUAAAUCAAUGAAAUUAUAUGACCCUGAAUUAAUUAAAAUUGAAGAUUUAUCUACCCAAUUUUUUUUCUCUGAGGAAAAUGUUGGCUCUAAAAGAGAUGUUGUAUCAAUAAAUAAAUUAAAGGAGUUAAAUGCUUAUGUGCCAGUCGAUGCUCUAGAAAAUAUUGAUUCUGAUUUUGAAAAUUUAAAACAAUUUCAAGUCAUUGUUACAACAGAUACCGUUUCAUUGGAAGAUAAAAUUAAAAUCAAUGAAUUUUGUCAUAAGAAAGGAAUUAAAUUUAUUUCCACUGAAACGAGAGGUUUGUUUGGUAACAUUUUCGUUGAUUUCGGUGAGGAAUUUUCAGUCAUUGACUCUACUGGUGAAGAGCCAAAGAGUGGUAUUGUAUCAGAUAUUGAAGCGGAUGGUACCGUUACAAUGUUAGAUGAUAAUAGACAUGGUUUGGAGGAUGGUAAUUAUGUAAAAUUCUCCGAAGUUGAAGGUUUGGAAAAGCUAAAUGAUAACGGUAUUUAUAAAGUCGAAGUUCUGGGUCCUUUCGCAUUCAGAAUAGGUUCUGUUAAAGAAUUGGGUACUUAUAUUAAAGGUGGUAUUUUUACUGAGGUUAAAGUUCCAGUUAAGUUGAAUUUCAGUACCUUACGAGAAAGUUUAUCAAACCCAGAAUUUUUAUUUUCUGACUUUGCUAAAUUUGACAGAACCCCGCAAUUACAUUUAGGGUUCCAAGCAUUACACCAAUUUCAAAUUAGACAUCAAAAUCAAUUGCCAAGACCAAUGAAUGAUGAAGAUGCCAACGAAAUGAUUAAAUUAGUCACCGACUUGGCUGUCCAAGAACCAAAAGUUUUGGGUUUAGAAGAUUCUAACGAAGAUCCUCAAAUUGACAAGGAAUUGAUCAAGGAGUUAUCUUAUCAAGCAAGGGGUGAUAUUCCUGGUAUUGUAGCAUUUUUUGGCGGUCUAGUAGCUCAAGAGAUUUUAAAAGGUUGUUCUGGUAAAUUCACCCCAACUAAGCAAUUCUUAUAUUUCGAUUCUUUGGAAUCGUUACCAGACUCUAAGAAUUUCCCAAGAACUGAAGAAAAUACAAAACCAAUCAACUCACGUUAUGAUAGUCAAAUUGCUGUCUUUGGUUUAGAUUUCCAAAAGAAAUUAGCUAACUCAAAGGUAUUUCUUGUUGGUUCUGGUGCUAUUGGUUGUGAAAUGUUAAAGAAUUGGGCGUUGUUAGGUUUAGGCUCUGGUGAAAAUGGUAAAAUAUUUGUAACAGAUAAUGAUUCAAUUGAAAGGUCUAACUUAAAUCGUCAAUUCUUAUUUAGACCAAAAGAUGUCGGUAGAAAUAAAUCAGAAGUAGCUGCAGAUGCUGUCAUUGCAAUGAACCCAGACUUAAAAAAUAAAAUAAUUCCUAAAAUAGAUAAAGUUGGUUCAGAAACUGAAGAUAUCUUUGAUGAUGCAUUCUGGCAAAGUUUGGAUUUUGUAACCAACGCCUUAGAUAAUGUCGAUGCACGUACUUAUGUUGAUCGUCGUUGUGUGUUCUUCGGUAAACCACUUUUGGAAUCUGGUACUUUAGGUACAAAGGGUAAUACGCAAGUAAUUAUUCCAAGAGUAACAGAAUCCUACUCAUCUUCUAGAGAUCCACCUGAAAAGUCUAUUCCACUAUGUACUUUACGUUCUUUCCCAAACAAAAUAGAUCAUACAAUUGCUUGGGCUAAAUCUUUAUUCCAAGGUUAUUUUGCCGAUGCUCCAGAAAAUGUUAAUUUAUUCUUAUCUGAUCCAAACUUUCUAGAAAAUGUUUUAAAACAAAGUGGUGAUGUCAAGGGUAUAUUUGAAUCCAUAUCUGCUUCAUUUACCGAGAGACCUAAAGAUUUUGAUGAAUGUAUUAAAUGGGCAAGAACUGAAUUUGAGACCAAAUUCACCAACGAUAUUCAACAAUUAUUAUAUAAUUUCCCUAAGGAUGCCAAAACUUCUAAUGGAGCUCCAUUUUGGUCUGGACCAAAGCGUGCUCCUACACCAUUAACAUUUGAUAUCAAUAAUAAUGAUCAUUUCCAUUUCGUUGUUGCUGGUGCCAAUUUACGUGCUUUUAACUUUGGUUUAAAGGGUGAUUUUAAUAAUCCUGAUAUUAAACAUUAUAAAUCAGUAAUUGAUGGUAUGAUUAUUCCAGACUUUUCACCAAGUUCAAAUAUCAAAAUUCAAGUAAAUGAUGAUGAUCCAGAUCCAAACGCUGGCAACGCCAAUGACGGCAUUGACAUCUUAGUGAAGUCUCUUCCAGAUCCUUCUACAUUAGGUUCCGAUUCAAAAUUAGUACCUGUUGAAUUCGAAAAAGAUGACGAUACUAAUCACCACAUUGAAUUUAUAACUGCUUGUUCAAACUGUAGAGCUUUGAAUUAUUCUAUUGAAACUGCUGAUCUUCAAAAGACUAAAUUCAUUGCAGGUCGUAUCAUUCCAGCCAUUGCUACAACAACAGCAUUAGUUACUGGUCUUGUCAACCUAGAACUAUAUAAAGUUGUUGAUGGUAAGACAGACAUUGAACAAUAUAAGAAUGGUUUUGUUAAUUUAGCUCUACCAUUCUUUGGCUUUUCAGAACCAAUUGCAUCUCCAAAGGCUAAGUACAACGACACAGAAUAUGACAAGAUUUGGGACAGAUUUAAUAUUCAAGGUGAUAUCAAAUUGAAGGAUUUAAUCUCUCAUUUUGAAAAAGAAGAAAGUUUAGAAAUCACUAUGUUAUCAUACGGUGUAUCUUUAUUAUACGCUUCUUUUUUCCCAGCAAAGAAGUUAAAGGAAAGAAUGGAUUUAACUAUAACUGAAUUAGUUAAAUUUGUUACCAAGAAAGAAAUCCCAUCUCACGUCAAAACCAUGAUCUUAGAAAUAUGUGCAGAUGACAAAGAAGGUGAAGAUGUCGAAGUACCUUACGUCGUAAUCCAAUUGUAA